UCCCUGGAGAAAGCAAAGGGAGGGCGGGGGAGGCGGACGGAGCUGCGCCUCCUUCCUUCCUUCCUUCCUUCUCUCCUUCCCUCCCUCUCUGGCUCCUCUCUUCCCUUCCCAGCACCGGGCAGCCUCCUCCUCCUCCUCUUUUCUCCUCCUCCUCCUCUUCCUCCCUUGACAGCUCGGGGCGGCCUCUCCGCUGUUUCUAAGCCGGGGCCAAGCAGCUGCCGCUUUUUCCAGGGGUCCCGACCACCGCCGCUCGACCGCUUCCCGACCCCGAGCCUUUCCUUUGCCUCCCAAGAAGUGCCCCCCCCCCCCCCACACGCACACACAAUCCUCCCUGCUGAGAUUAUCCUCCUCCUCCUCCCUCUCCUUCUCCAGGAUGGCUCCUCUUCUGCUCCUCUCCGACUGGGGGUCUCGCCCCUCCUUCUAGCCUUUCCUCUCUUCUCUCCGCCGAGGAAGGGGCUCUUCUGCUGCCCACUUGGCGGCGUCCACGCCGCACUGGAUGCCUCCCUGGUCGCCCAUCUCGCCCACCGUGGACAGCGCCCCAGGCUCCAAAAUAUAACCUGAGAAGAUCUGGUACGGAAAAUCCACCUGUGCAUCUCGGAGAUAUGAUCCUGAGGCAAAAGAUGCCACUUCUCCUAGUACUGAGUUUGCUGGCAAUAACACAGCCAGGGUAUGGAGCGCUUCACCUGAACAUUACAGAAGGCUGCAAACUUAUCUUUCCUCCUUGGGAUGGUGGGAUCCGUUAUCGAGGCUUGACCCGUGAACAAGUGAAGACCGCCCGCUUCCUGCCUUUCGACUACGAGAUUGAAUAUGUCUGCCGGCCUGAACGGGAAAUUGUGGGGCCCAAAGUGCGCAAGUGCCUGCCUAAUGGGACGUGGACAGACAGUGAUGUGGAAAGCCGCUGUUUACGUACUUGUCCUAAGAUGCACCUGAGUCUGGAGAACGGACAAGCACAUGUCAAGGGCCUUGAGCGGGUGCCUGUGGAGGGCACUUUGGUGGAAUAUCGCUGCAACCCUGGCUUUCAUCUCACGGGCACCCCGCGCAGCAACUGCACCAAGGUGGGCCGCUGGAGUUCUGCCAAGCCAGUCUGUGAAUUGUGGCGUCCCCCCAUUUCCAGGUCUGGAACAGGCAAGAAGCGGCUCCACAUCGGCGCCCUCUUCCCCAUGACCGGCGGCUGGCCCGGGGGACAAGCCUGCCUGCCCUCCGCCCAGAUGGCCCUCGAGGACGUCAACAGCCGCAGGGACAUCCUGCCCGACUACGAGCUCCGCCUCGACCACCGCGACAGCGAGUGUGAACCUGGAGUGGCCACCAAAUUCCUCUAUGAGCUGCUCUACAAUGACCCCAUCAAGAUCAUCCUUAUGCCAGGGUGCAGCAGCGUUUCCACUCUGGUCGCUGAGGCAGCGCGCAUGUGGAACCUCAUUGUGCUGUCCUACGGCUCCAGCUCUCCUGCGUUAUCCAACCGGCAGCGUUUCCCCACUUUCUUCCGCACGCACCCCUCGGCCACGCUGCACAACCCCACUCGUGUGCAGCUCUUCAAGAAGUGGGGUUGGAAGAAGAUUGCUACCAUACAGCAGACUACAGAGGUGUUCACCUCGACUUUGGAUGACUUGGAGGAGCGUGUCAAAGAGGCAGACAUUGAGAUCACUUUCCGCCAAAGCUUCUUCUCCGACCCUGCGGUGCCUGUCAAGAAUCUCAAGCGCCAAGAUGCUCGAAUCAUUGUUGGGCUGUUUUACGAAACAGAGGCACGAAAAGUCUUCUGUGAAGUCUACAAAGAGCGCUUGUUUGGGAAGAAGUACGUCUGGUUCCUGAUUGGCUGGUAUGCUGACAAUUGGUUCCGAAUCAAGGAUGCAAAUAUUAACUGCACGGAGGAGGAGAUGCGGGAGGCAGUGGAGGGGCAUUUUACCACUGAGAUCGUCAUGCUGAACCCAGAGAACACCCGCAGCAUUUCCAAUAUGACAUCACAAGAGUUCAUUGAUAAGCUGACGAAGCGGGUAGAAAAAUCUCCAGAAGAAACCGGCGGCUUUCAGGAGGCCCCGCUGGCUUACGAUGCCAUCUGGGCAUUGGCUCUUGCCCUUAACAAGACUUCGGCUGAGUUGGUGAAGAAGGGGCUGCGCCUUGAAGACUUCAAUUACAACAACAGGACUAUUACAGAUGAGAUCUACAGGGCACUCAACUCUUCAGCCUUUGAAGGUGUCUCCGGUCAUGUAGUUUUUGAUGCCAGUGGCUCUCGUAUGGCCUGGACCCUCAUUGAGCAACUACAGGAUGGCAUCUAUAAGAAGAUUGGGUAUUACGACAGCACCAAGGAUAACCUCUCCUGGUAUGGCAAUGAAAAAUGGAUCGGGGGUUCUCCACCUGCUGACUACACAAAGAUCAUUACUACCUUCCGGUACCUUUCCCAAAAGCUCUACAUUUCCGUUUCGGUGCUAUCCAGCAUAGGUAUCCUUUUGGCCAUCAUCUGUCUGGCCUUCAACAUCUACAAUGGGCAUGUCAGAUACAUCCAGAACUCACAGCCAUACCUCAACAACAUGACAGCUGUGGGUUGCGCCUUGGCUCAGGCAUCUGUCUUCCCACUUGGGCUGGAUGGCCUUCACAUCAGCAAGGAGCUCUUCCCUUUUGUUUGCCAGGCUCGGCUUUGGCUCCUGGGCUUGGGUUUUAGCUUGGGUUAUGGCAGCAUGUUCACCAAAAUCUGGUGGGUGCACACUGUUUUCACCAAGAAAGAAGAGAAGAAAGAACGUCGCAAGACCCUGGAACCCUGGAAGCUCUAUGCCACCGUUGGCUUGCUUGUUGGACUUGACUUUGUCAUCUUGGCCAUUUGGCAAAUCGUCAGCCCACUGAAACGCACCACCGAGGAAUUCACCAAAGAGGACCCCAAAAGUGAUAUUGAUGUGCAGAUCCUACCCAAACUGGAGCAUUGCAGUUCUGAAAAGAUGAACACUUGGCUGGGAAUCUUCUAUGGCUUCAAGGGGCUUCUGCUGCUUCUAGGCAUCUUCCUUGCCUAUGAGACAAAGGGUGUCUCCACCGAGAAGAUCAACGACCACCGAGCCGUGGGCAUGGCAAUCUACAAUGUGGCUGUACUGUGUCUUAUCACUGCCCCAGUCACCAUGAUCCUCAGCAGUCAACAGGAUGCAGCUUUUGCGUUUGCCUCGCUGGCCAUUGUCUUCUCUUCUUACAUCACCCUGGUUGUGCUCUUUGUGCCCAAGAUGCGGCGUCUCAUCACCAGGGGAGAAUGGCAGUCUGAGCAGCAGGACACCAUGAAGACAGGCUCCUCCACCAACAACAAUGAAGAAGAGAAGUCACGGAUGCUGGAGAAGGAGAACCGGGAACUUGAGAAGAUCAUUGCAGAGAAGGAAGAGCGUGUCUCUGAGCUCCAGCAACAGCUGAAAGAGCGGCAGCAGCUGCGCUCCCGGCGGCGCUCCUCCAACUGUGCAGCCGACAACCACUUCAACAACUCAGCCUCUGGGUCAGCCGCCUCUGGCCCCAACCUCUAUCAGCCCAGCCUGCCUCUAGUGCGCUGCCUCGUGGCUGAACAGGCCGACAAACUGGGGCGCAACAACUGUGACGGUAGCCGUGUCCAUCUGCUGUACAAGUGACGGACUUCCCAAGCACCGCCGAGGGGAGGGCAAUGGCCCCUAUGCAGCCCAAGUCGGGUGGGCAACGGCUGAGGCAGCUGCUGGGUUGGGACUUGUACAGUUGGCUGGGGACUUUGUGGUCUUUUUUAAAAAAUCAAAGAAAUCAUAAUCUCUGGUCUUUGUAAACAAAACAAAAGAAAUCCCCUUUGUGUCUGUUCACCUGCCUACCCCUGGAACCUGGAAUCCAGGUGCCAACUCUGUGGAGACUUAUUCUAGAAGUAGAGGGGUGCAGGGAUACCUCCCCUCCCAACCUUCCCAGCGCACGCACGCCUGACUCCUUUUCAAGUGUUACUAUCUGGGAAGGGUAGGAUAGUUGGAAACUGGACCCUUCACCAGGCAAAAUGGUGCCUUGGCUGUGUGGCUGAGAGAGAGUGGAAAUAGCCAAAAUGAAUGACUGCCUCUCGUGGGUUUUGGCUCCUGUGCGCUUAUCUAGAGACAGAGGCUGGUAGCUUCACAGAAUUUGAUACAGCCAUGCCAAUUCUUCACACUCGUGGCUGUGGCAAAGCAAUUGCAUUGAGUUACUGACAGCUGCAAUAUCAUUCACAAGUAACUCUUUCCUUGUUAUUGACCACAAAUCUCUUACUUUUGGUUGUAGCCAGGUUGUCUGGAACAAGCAGGCAUUGUAGCUCAGACUCAGCCUUCCCAUAAGCAUAGUGUUUAAAGGGUUCCAUUUACUCAUAAAUAGAGGCAGCCUGUAGCACAGUUACGCUGUUAUGGACAGUUGGAUCUUAAGUUGGAUUGAGUUAACUCGUAAGAAGUAACCCUUGACGGUUCCAUUUAAUUAGACAUGAAUCAGUGUAUGUUGUACUUCCGUCAUUAAACAAAUCACAUCAAGUUCUAUUCUCCCUAGCAAUCUGAUUCUGGUUGCCACUGCAGGCAAACUGCACCUUAGAAACACACCAUCUCUCUCUCCCUCUCCCUCUCAUUGCCCACAUAGUCACAUCAUAUAUCACAAGUGGACUCCAUGUUUACAACCCCCAGUGCUCCUAUACACUCCUGGGAGAGUGUUCUACUGCAGUGAGGUCACUUGCAUGAAACAUUGGGCCGUAAUACCUAGGCAAAGUCUAAACGCAGUCAGCUUUCUGUGGCAGAGCAAGACAUAUGUUCUCAGCUGCACAAAACAUUGGGUAAGCGUAGAGCUCUUAUCCAGGCAUACAGGGUACUUCUAGAGCCAGAAAAAAGGCAAAAUUUGGCAGGGCCCUUCUUUUAGAAGUGGCAAUUUGCCACAGAAUACAGGAGCACUGUGCCAGUUCUUUUCUGACAAAGUUGUUAGGAAAGCAUCCUUCCUGAGAUGAUGCAGGGGAGGCAGAAACAUCCCAAGGGUCAAUGUCACCUUGGAAUUGUUUGUAAUGUAGUGUUGUCCUGCUUGAGCUUGAGGCUUCUGUCUUGGAUGGUGAGUCAAGAGGAAGGACCAUAUUUGCCACAAACGCCUUCAUCUCUCCCUCGAUCUGCCCACCCUCUUCAGCAUGCCAAGGAACAUAGGGAACAAGAGCCACAGGAGAGGGCAGGAAUUGGGCAGAAGGCUGGUGAAGACCAGGAGAGAGGAGCUAGCAGCUACCUUAUGACCAGCCCAUGGGCUGCCUCAGUAGCGCAUGUGCGUGUGUAUUAUGUGUGUAUGCAUUGUGCAUGCAUGUGUCCGUGCCAGUUCCUCCCCACACUUUUCCAUUUUGAGCACUUUAUUGUCCCACCAGAUGUGGGGAGUAAUGGAGGCUGCCCACGGGGAAGGGAGAGUGAGUGAGGCAGGGGGAAGCCUGCGUGCUUGCCAGACUCUCCUCAUCCGGCAAACAGAUGUUCUUCAGUAAAAGUAUACAAUAUGA